AUGGCGGACGCGGGGGAGAAAGUGUUGGAAGUGUUGCUUAACAAGAAAGAUCUUUUUAUGGUAGGUAGAUAGCCCUUAUUUCUACACCUGGAUUGUAUCCACCAUCGUUGGACAUCGGUCGGCUCAUAAAUCUGCUUUUUGCCCGCAGGUAAUGAUAUCCCACUCAGGGACAAUCCGCGACCUGUGUGACGAAAUUGAAAAAGUUGCACGCGAGGAGUUUGGAGAGUGAGUUUCCCUUCUUAACCUUUUGUUUUAUUUCUUUUUGGAAUUUGAUGAAAGUAAAAAGCUGAGCUUGUAGUGAAAGUGAUCCCCGUCAAUCUACACAUUUUGUUGCAUGCUAGGGCAGUUUUCGAUGGUACAACUGAAUGAUUUUCCCAUUCUCGAAGGUUUUAAGAGCGAAUGCACAGAAAAAUCGAGCAAACCGUGGCCACAGCUCAAAACCUAACCUACCCUCAUUUUAAGUCUGUAAUAAGGUUUUAAUGAAUUUAUAACACUGCUGAGGUUUAAAUUUCAAAAUGCGGCCGAAUUUGGGAAUUAUUUGAGAUUUUCGAUUUCAAGGGUCUGUCAAUUAGCCGCCAAACACGGCAAUAUAGCCUAGCGGCAGAAAUGAGCUGACUUUCAUAAACGAACGAAUAUAUUGGCAAUCUUCCACUUAAAUCUCAAAAAACAGAUAUUAACAAUUUCUAAACAGCACACUUUUUUAGAUUUAGAGUAUAAAAUAUCGACGAACCAGCAGAAUUUUGAAACGUAAUCUGCAUAAUGCUUAUAAAUACAACAAUUUACCGCUAAAACCAAAAUCGAAUUUUCUAUAUGGGGGAAUUCUCCAAAUCACCCCAAAUCCCGCUUACUACCCAAUGAGAUAUAGUACUUCAACAUUAUCUGAAAGUUAGUCUGGUGUUCUUGCGAACGCUUGUAAAAUAGACUGAUUAUUUUUAGGUUAUUUUGCCCCAAACAACUGCUAAUUGACCCCAGGGUCAUGACACGUGCACGUCACCUUAGUUUUAUGCGUCGAUUUGAGCUCGUUAAAAGGGAGAAACUAACAAGAUUCUUUUAAUAUGUACCUGUUUUAAUGAAAUACACGCAAUCUUUAAAAGGAGAGGCCGUUCAAUUGGUAACUUCUGUUCUUGAGAUCUCGUAGAUUGUACCAUGGCGUCUUUGAGUGGACCUGAGUCCAGGUCUGUUUUCCCGUGACUGCGAAAUCAGAAUAACAUCAUGAAAUAAUUCUCGCUCGAACCUUCGUAAAUGAAUCAGCUUUGCAGUGCCUUACCUGAGAUAAAAAGUGGGCCGAAUAGGAAAACAUUUCUAGCGCAAUUUGGAUCCUUUGCAGCACGUAGUGUAUUUGCUAAGCGGUGACGGUAUCAAUGACUUUUUUAAAAUUAGUUACUCACCUCCGAUUGCGUGACCAGGCAAUUAUCGAUUGUCUCCUGCGAAAAAUAAGUGCACGGGAAACCUUUUGUCCUUUUGUCCUAUUUUAAAAGCGGUUAACUAAGAUGAUUAGCAAACAUACUGUCCCACUUUUAAAAACGCAGCAGUAACUGAAUGUUCUGUUCUUCUGAUUUUACCCCCAACCCCGGAGUGUUCAGAAGAUAUAUUUGCACUACGCAUGAGAGGCAAAUGGAUUAAAUUUUAAGGUUCAAGGUGGUUUUAAGGCAUGGGUUACCAGUGGAUUAGUCAGACUUGUCAUAAGGUGCAUUGAACAGAAAAUUACAGGCAUGAUAUCUCUGCUAUUGUAUGUCCAUUAAGUGAUUUUCCAGCAAACAUUAUUUUUUGACUUUUUUACCCCAAACGUUUUUUCCGUUCAAUUCUUAUCUAUGAGAUCUAAACUUAGUUAAAUUUCUGUAAUUUGUUGUUAAAAGCAAUUCUGCAAACAACUAAGUAUUUAAUUUUGCGUAAAAGCUACAUGAAAUUGUACUGUUUAGCCGUAAAUCAUUAAAAAGAGAAAGCAUCAUGCUUUCUCUUUUCAAGUCGAGUAGGACUUAAACAAUGGCAUUGCUUAAGUCCUAGUAGUUGUUUUCCAUGUCUGCUAAGGAGGAAAUAGUUUGCUCUUUUCAAGAAAUUGUUCUUGCCCAUUGCGGUUUCAAACCAAGGAUAGCAGCAAGUCUGUCGUGGUCAUAUACUGCUACUUUAGUGCAAACGAAGCAUAGGCGCACAAGUCAGCGCUUGCGUUUAGUCAGGUGCCGAAAAUGAAGUGGAAACAUAACCCCAAGGGCGUCCAUGUUCGCUCCGGCUCGAAAAGGUAGAAUCAGUUGUGCAGUAAAAAGUAAUGCGAAAAACCUGCGAGGGCUGGGGAAAGAAAGGCGUCUUAUUUUUCUUUGGCUUGUUCUAUUUUCGAGACGUGGUACAGAAAUACUGACAAGCUCAGUAUAUGUCUUCACCACCGAGAGUCACUUGCCCUUAGCCGGACACUCCCCUCACGUAUCAUGUUUCGUUCCUAAAGUUAUUUCAAAGCACAGAACCAAACCUAAUCAGCGGCCGAAGGCAGAAAGGGGGAUGAGCAAACGGAUGUCACAGCAUAUUUUGCAAGAAACUGGUAUCCUUGUGCCUAUCGGCUCAGGAACGUUUGAUUACUAUUAGAAUUAAUAUCAGGGUCAGAAUUUGAGUGCUACAAUGGGAGGGAAGGAAGAAAAGGAAACCGCCGAGCACACCUGUUAAGUCUUUUAUAAACCCAGCGCGUGUUCGCGAAGGUUUUUUAAGUCAGUCAAGUUCUUAAACCAGGCCUUAAACGGCCAGUUUUAAGUGUCGAUAACAGUUAAAAAGACAUAUAAGCCUCAUGCAAAAGACGGUGGGAAGGAAGUGCACAUCGGUGAUGGGGAAAAAGGAGUAUCCCACAGUUAUUUAGGGGUGGAUCUUUCGAAACAUUCUUAUACUCUUGGACAGAUAUGCAUUUUUGAAAGUUUUAAACAAACCAGGUGUAAAUUUAUAGUAACAAACUGUUAAAUAUACAUCAGCAAGAUUUUUACGAAUCCUAUUUUUCGCUGGAGACUAUCUUUUUACUGGCUGGUCACGCAAUCAAAGGUAACGUACUUUCCCACGUUUGUUUACUCACCUUUCGCUCAGCAAACACUGCGUUCCACAAAGGACCCAAAUUGCGCUAGAAAUGUUUUGCUAUUCGGCCCACUUUUUAUCUCAGGUAAGGCACUGCAAAGCUGUUUCACUUACGAUGAUUCGACGGAGAAUUAUUUCUUGAUGUUAUUCUGAUUUCGCAGUCACGGGAAAACAGAUCUAGACUCAGGUCCACUCGCAGACGCCAUGCUGCAAUCUACAAGAUCUCAAGAACAGAAAUUACCCAUUGAACGGUCUCUCCUUUUGAAGAUUGCGUGUAUUUCAUUAAAACAGGUACAUAUUAAAAGAAUCUUGUUAGUUUCUCCCUUUUAACGAGCUCAAAUCGACGCAUAAAACUAAGGUGACGUGCACGUGUCAAUUGACCUUGGGGUCAAUUAGUGGUUGUUUGGGGCAAAAUAACCUAAAAAUAAUCAAUCUAUUUUACAAGCGUUCGCAAGAACACCAGACUAACUUUCAGAUAAUGCUGAAGUACUAUAUCUCAUUGGGUAGUAAGCGGGAUUUGGGGUGAUUUGGAGAAUUCCCCCACAUAGAAAAUUCGAUUUUGGUUUUAGCGGUAAAUUGUUGUAUUUAUAAGCAUUUUGCAAAUUACGUUUCAAAAUUCUGCUGGUUCGUCGAUAUUCUAUACUCUAAAUCUAAAAAAUGUGCCGUUCAGAAAUUGUUAGAUAUCUGCUUUUUGAGAUUUAAGUGGAAGAUUGCCAAUAUAUUCGCUCGUUUAUGAAAGUCAGCUCAAUUCUGUCACAGGGCUAUUUUCCCGAGUUCGGCGGCUAAUUUUAGGCCCGCUGACCGUUGAAAUCGAAAAUCUCAAAUAAUUCCCAAACUCGGCCGCAUUUUGAAAUUUAAACCUCAGCAGUGUUAUAAACUCAUUAAAACCUUAUUACAGACUGAAAAUGAGGGUAAGUUAGGUUUUGAGCUGUGGCCACGAUUUGCCGAUUUUGCUCGAUUUUUCUGUGCAUUCGCUCUUAAAAGCCAUUGAUUUUUUAAAGCUGUACGGAUGUGCUUGUGGAAACAGGAAAGGAUGUUAUCAUCACUGCAUGCAAAUGAAAUCAUCAAAAUAAAAACACAAAAAAGAAUUUGACAAGUUGUUCGUAACUAGAAAAGCAGUUACUUGAAAUAUUAUUUAUCAUUUAACACCUCAAAAAUGUAGUUCUGAUGGUGUGGCUGUCCAUACAAAAAACACACAAACAAACAAACAAAUGCAGUUGUAGAAGUCAGGGUUGUCACUAAUAUUUCAAGUUGCUGGGUAAAUACAACAAGUAGGCGGGAAAUCAAACAGCUAGGGAUUUCUUUUGGUUCUAUUUUCUUCUGUUUUCCUAUGAAAGUAGCUGGGGGCCAUGUUCUUAGUAGCCAGGGGAAACCCCUGGUCCCUCCUCUUAAUGACAGCCCUGAGCAGUUGUCUGAAAAUAUGCAGUAAUGAUAUAGUCUAACUGCUGAUGCUAUUGUAGUAGUAAUCGAGAAGAUAUGCACUAGUCCUUCGCACUCAGAUAGGAAACUUAAAUGGCUUGUAAAGAGUAAUGCAAAAUACAGUGAAACCUGUAUUAAGCGGACAUCCUCGGGGAAUGCUGUAGUGUCCGCUUAAUACAUGGUGUCCACCUAAUGCAGGUUUCGAUAGAUAACGUCAUAUGAGGUGUCUAAUGCCAUUCAAAUGAACGGUGGAAACGUUUACAAUACUCCCAGAGACUAUGACGAUAUACGUUUGCAUUAAUUUCUUUAUCAAAGUGGACCAAUUGAUCAUAGUACCAUAAACAUAGAUUGCAACUCAAAUUUGAAGAAAUCAGAUGAGUGAAACAAGCUCUGUACAAACAAAACGAAAUAGAAAACAAUACUGUACUGUGAAACUAAUCAAAUAAGUUCGUCAACUCAAGUUUUUAAAUGUAAAAAUCGAAAAAUUUGUGGGUGGCAAUUCAAGGCAAUCUUUCGCAUUUCCACUGUGUGGCAUGUUGGGUGGUGGAAUUUAAUUACAAGUGUCUGUUUAAUACAGGUUGGUAACAAUAGAAAUGACCAUUUCAGGUACUUUUUAGGUGUCCGAGUCCACUUAAUAAUUGAGGUGUCCGCUUAAUAAAGGUUUCAUUUACACAGCGUGCAAAGAAAGUAGUGUCCGAUAGCCCGGGGCUAGUGGAUUUUGCUAUCGGGCUAGUGAAUUCUAUUUUUAACUUGCCCGACGGGCAAGUGAUGUCUUUUGAGGAAUUCGAUCAACAGAAGAACUGUAAAAUCAAUUCUGCUAGUCAAAAAGUUUUUUGGGCUAGUUGAAAUGACGUCAGGGCUAGUGAAUGCUAGCUUUAGCUUGCCUGAAUGGCAAGCUGUAAAAAUGAUUUUCUUUGCACCCUGAUUUACAGUAAAUAAGGGAAAUAAAUUUUGGGACUUCGGCUACUGUCUGCUUAAUAGAGGGUGUCUGCUUAAUACGGUGUCCGCUUAAUACAGAAUUCACCUUAGUGUAAAAAUAUAUACACAUGUAAAACUGUUCUAGUGAGGCCUUAAACUGCUGUUUAAAAAGUAAAAACUAAAAUCCAAGCUUUCGCCAAUCAAUGGCAUCAUCAAGCAGCUGUUUAAGGCCUCACUGGAACAGUUUUGUAUAUUUUUAAUUAUGCUGCUGAAGGACAACAUGAACAGAUUAACAAAAUAGUGUUAUUGCUGUUUGUUGAUGGAUCACCUGUUGUCUUUACCAUCAUAUUAGAAUUUACAAUUGCAGCCUUUUAUGAAAUUUCACAGAAAUUCCCUAUUAUAAAAUGGACUCUACUCUUAACACAGGUGAACAUCUUAUGUCAAUUCCAAAAGUUCCCAAUGUAGCUUCUUUGUGGAUAAGUAUUUGAUAAUUAUACAUAACAUUUUGUGCUCUCCAGGAAAGGACAAGUCACAGUAUUAGAAACUAAACAAGGAGCAAGACUUCCAGAGAGAUAUAAAGUGGGAAACCUCCUCAAAAAUGAACGCAGAAUUAUGGCUUAUUCUUCAGGUAAAUUAUUAAAAAAUAUAUAAACAUAAAUUUUAUAUCUUAAACUUUGUGUUAUAGAGGUCAAUUAAAUUCAACACACUGUGUACCAGUCACCAUACAGCUGUAUUAUAUAGUACUGCUGGCCUGAAAAAUACUUACAAUUUGUAGUGUUUUGGAGGCACCCUAAAUUCCCCUGUGUAGAGAUCAGAAGUAUUGUUUUUUUGUUGUUGUAUUGGUAAUGUGCAAACUCUUCUCAAUUUGAAGAAACUAGGCAAGUAAGGUAGUCCUGGUUAAUUUUUCUGCUUGCACACAAGACAGUCUUGGGUAAUUCUGCUUCAGCAAGCACCAUGGUGGUGCAAAAUAAACAUCAUAUCUAAGGUGGUUGCAAAUGUAGUGAGAACUUCGUAUAUUGCUAGUAGUGUUCUAGGGAACAGUACUAAGACAACUAGCAAUGAACAGGGCUUCUGAUAUUUCACGCGGUCACGGAGCCGCGAAAUUCAGGUAAAUCCGCGAAAUACUGCGAAAUUCACAAAAACACAAAAAAUACCACAAAAUUUGGUAGAAAUCUUAUCAAAUACAUGCUUGUACAACAUAUUUGCUAUAGGGGCUAUUUACUUGCCGUAAACUUACAAAUUUAUCUUAGAACCUCGUCACUGAAAGGUGCAAACACCAGGCGUAGAUUAUGUUGCGAAAAACUGGGCACUAGCCAUGAUGUUAAAGGCUUUGCCAUUGGUUCAUUUCUGGAGCGUACUGUUGAGCAAAUAAAUUGGGCAAUUCCAUAUGAGACAAGGAAAUUUUGAAUUUUUUAAAAUAAAAUUUUGCGCAAUGAAACUUAACCAACAUAAAGCUGAAACAAUGGGCUGUUUGAAAUUACUGAGAUCUUGUGCGUCUUGUCCAUGCAUUUAAUGUGAGAAGGCAUGAAAUCCAGAGAAUUUGAAUCUCAUUAUAUUUGGAAUUUUUGGAACGAAAUUUUAAACAAAGUUUUAACAUCUAAGAAAACAUACAGUCAACAUAAAAGUAUGUGUGUAUUAUAACCUUUGCCUUACACUAUCAUUAGGCUAUAAAUUAUUAUCCAGCUACUGGCAGUUUCCUAAGAAAAUUGACAUUGAAUUUUUGUUGCGGACAUUACGUAAUGUCCGCAACGUUUAGGUACCUUUUUUCAGUUCCUGUACACAGUGUGCUGUAUUUUCAUGUGCUAUUGAUGCUGCUCAGUUAGUCUGAUGUAUACUCUAUUUCAAUCUCAAAACAUUUCCUGGGUGGGUUUUCUUUGCUCAGAAAUUACAAGUUGAAAAGUGUUGUGGACAUUACGUUGCGGACAUUACAUAUGUUAGAUUUUUCAUUUAUUCAGGCUGUUGCGGAUAUUAAUUUAGUUCUUACUAUCUCUGAAUUAGAUUCAGACAACAGCCGACUUAACACUAAAUUGCUUUUUAUUGUUGUACAAAUGUAAAUGGCAAAUUAAAAAGAGCUGGUAGCUUUUCUGUAAUGUCCAAUGAAUUCAAUUUACAAACGAUUAAAAACAUUCUAAAUAAUUUUCGAUUUCUGUGAUAUUCUUGAAAAUGGGCAAACAUAGUGAUUUUCGAAUUAGUCCCUUCCAUAAAGUAGUAUAGAUACAUGACAAAUUUUGCAGUACUUUAACAGAAAAACGGAAAAAUAUUUUAAAGAGUUUAUAUGGCUUUGGGGGACGCUGUCACAAAAUUACAGAGUGACAUUUGUAUGGAUCUUUAACUGUGUUUCAAGAGUCAUAACUUGAUCCCUGUUCAACUUUAGAGCACCAAACCUGCUCAACCAGCCAGUCUCAACAUGACCUUUUAUAUGGUGGUGUCAGUUUAUCGAUUAGUUUAAAUUUGAAACUUGCCCCAGUUCCCUAUGCAACUCCAAAAUGGCCAAUGAGUAGCUGGUCAGGGGUUUUGUACUGCUGAGCAUGCUCAGAACGGUUUGUAAGCAUGCUUUUUGAGGAAACGCACUGACUAUCAUUGUUUCUUCCGCAAACUUGAAUGGGUAUUACUUUUUUAACUACAAUUUGUAAUAUAAUGUGUAGUGAACAAUGUGCAAUUUUAGUGCAAAUUUACAUUUUAUCUGUCUUUAAGUCAGACUGAAUGACAAAAUAUGAUAAUUUUUUAGUAGCUAAAUCAGUUUUGUAAAAAACAAAAUAAUAUCCUCACUACUGAGAACGUUUUUUUUUCUCACAACAUUUACUUGAGAUGUAAUAAAAUCAAUUUGGAAAUUAUUUAAGGAGUCAGUAUAACAGAAAAAAAUCUGACAGGUAUUGCAUGAUACUAGGUCUCAGUAGGAGAUUAUAUAAUAUUAUAAAAGAACAUAAAUAAAGUAAAUGAUAAUUUCACAGCUUCAUUUUUAGACAAGUAACUGCAGAACAAAUGGACAUAGCCACAGUCAGCAACACUGACUAGGAAGGGAAUAAUAAAAAAUGUGUUCCCAAAAAUGUAAUGUCCGCAACAAUUUUGUGUAAUGUCCGCAACACAAACUUUUGUUUGUAGACUCACUGGAAUAAGGUUGCAUGGAAUUUUUCUUUGACAGUUGAAAAAUCUACUUAUUGUUAUGUUUUGAAGGCACAAUUAUUUUCUGCUCUUGGUUAAAAAUUCACAGGAAAAUCUCUUUAAAGAAAGUUACUUUAAAAAGUGGUUGUUUAAACUGUAUGUCUGUAUGUAAAAUGUCCGCAACACACUUUCUUCAACUCAUACCUUCAAGGUCUUAAGAGCUAACUAAAGCAUCUUUUUAUUAGGUACAAAGGGAACACUAAAAAUACUUUCUAGAUAUGUUUGAACACCCUUAAUGAACAUUUUGACAUCUAAAUUGGGGUUUAAAAUAUUAAUUUUAGUAUCUGAACGUAAUGUCCGUAACAUGGAAUCACUUAAAUGCUGACCUCUGUUAGAAAAACGUUAAAAACGCUGGUCUGAUCAGCACAAAACCGAUUGAUUUCUAGGGAAAUUUGCCUUGAAAAUAACCACAAAAUUGGCUGUUUUUUACCGAUUGCUGUUUGGUGAAGUUUGUUCUGAAAACUCUCACAAAAUUACUGCGAAAUUGGCCGAUUUUUCCUCGAAUUUGUCCCUAAAAAUCCCACGAAAUUUGACUUUUUCUUCCACAACCUAUCAGAAGCUCUGAAUAAAACACAGCCACAGCCACACAAACGGUUCAAAGCUUGGACACGCUUACAUGUACGUCCGUGCUCGCUACAGGUCAAAAUUAAAUUAGGGUUAAAAUUUUUUAAGCUUGAUUAUUCUCAAUUUCCAUUGUUUCCUAGUCCUUAUUCAUCAAUAAUUAAGGCAAGGAGACAAAGGAAAUUUAAUAUCAACCAGGGUUAAAAAAUAUCAACCUGAAUUUAAUUUUGAUGUGUAACAUACAGCUGUUUUGAGAAAGGUCGUCGGAAAAAGUGCACGGGACAAUCCCGAAAGGUGUUGUGGGUGGUUUUGUCUGCUCUGUUCUCCAAAGAAGUUUGAAAGAAUGGCAUGCGAGGCCACGGACAUAUGUUCGCAAUUGCUAAUGGAAAGCAACAAAAGUAGGUUCGACAUCUACAGUCAUUAGGAGCAGUGUAUUGAUCAUAUCCCAUAUUACCUUUCGGGGUUGUCGUGUGCACAUUUUUUCCGACAACCUUUCUCGAAAUAGCUGUAUACAUUGUAUGACACCUGUUAGGAUAAAAUUAUUCUGACAAGUGACAUGGCCUUGAAACAGUGACAUAAGACAGCAGAAAACAAAGCGAACGACACAAAGAUGGGUUGAAACUGUGACAAUGACAGAGAAAAGCACAUAUUCAAUAGUGCAAUACCAACAGCCACGUUGCUUCCUCCUCAAUAUGUGAAAUGACAGGUUUGGAAAUUCAAACUAGGAACAAAUGUAACCCUCCUAAGAAGGCCUCAUAUGAUUAUACAUACUGAUUAAAAUACAUAGUCUUCAUGUAGGACUUCAUAGAUUGAACUAGGUCGGACAGCCAACUUAUGUUAUUAAAAUGCAUACGUGUAUGCCAAUUCAGCAAUCUCUUUCUGGCUUUUAAAUAACACCUGCUAUAAUUUUCUCAAAGGCUUCCCUUUUUUAACCCCAAAUAACAUUGUUGACAAUUAUUUUGAUACAUGUAGCUAUGUGUCAUCAUGUACCAUGUAUGAUACACAAUCACAGCUACUGCACUUAGUCUUCAGGUACAUUAAAUUUUGAAUACGGUACAUUUAAAACUGCAACACACUAGGCAUUAAAACAUGUCACUGCAACACUUGUUGCACCAACAAGUUACUUCUUGUUUACAGGUCAGGCAAAAAGUUGCAUGACAUGUUGCAGCGACAAAUAUUAUUGUUUCUUUAACCUGAGAUCAGGCCCAAUUUGAGCGGUUCUCAUACUUUCUCUCUAACAGCUACCGCUAAAAUUGGGCCUGAUACUAAAUUUUGGCCAUAACGCUGAUUGGGCCUCUGAUUGGCUGUCGGAAACAAAGUUGAAAGCUUAUUCCUCACGUGGUUGUUUUCAUAAGUUUUUGCUUCCUUUUUCAUUGUUUUAUGGUCUCGUUAUGGCCAGAUUUUGGCCGUAACGCUGAUUGGCUGUUAGAACAAUGCCACAAGAUCUGAUUGGCUGUCGGAAACACCGGAAGUUGAAAGCACUUGUUCCUCACGUGGUUGUUUUCAUGAAUGAUCUGUCGUUGGCGGAGAGAAGGAUCGAUUUUGCUUCCUUUUUCAUUGUUUUAUGGUCUUAUGGUGGGAAAAUAUGCCUUAAUAUGUGCCAUGGAAAUUCAGAAAAUUCAUAUGGUUGUUCAUUUCUUCUCAAGAUUUGCUUUAUUUACGGAAAGUGAGUGUAUCGCGGAGUUGAAUCCCUCUGCAAGUUGUUGACCGCUAACAAGGUGCAUUUUGAUUUACCAACAAACGGGUGCAAAUCAAAAUACUGUCCAUCUUAAAACUGGUUUCAUUUGAAAGUUUAGCCGGGAAUGACUUCUCUGAACGGGGUACGCAAGCGAAGGCUCACUGCGAAAGAAACCUCAAUCACCAACUGUGAAGUAUUAGACGAAAAAUAUCGCAUUGCUGUUCAUGGAAUUUUCAGUGUUUACAGACUGGUUGUUUGCCUUUGCUUUUUGUAAAAAAUAAACCAAGAAAAUUGGUGUCCUCGCUCGUUGGCUGUUUUUCUUUGUUUUUAAAGAUUUAUGUACUGAAAAUCGGGGGAAAUUGCUGAAGAAAAAUUAAUAUUAAGACAACGGAAAAAUAGAGAUUUCAGUAUUUUAAAUUCCAGAGCGCCUAACCAAGAAUAAUAAAACUGGUAGAACAUCGUGUUGCCAUCUUUUCGAAAACUUUUUACCUUCUACGCCUACAGAAAUAACCUUUGAGAUCUCCCUUAAUCUAGCAAACAGUUAAAUGUGAUUGUGCUGACUGUUUUUUUUUAGCUGAAAAAAUUAACAGAUAAAAGCUAUUUUUUAAGUCAGCCAGUCUGCAUUUUUCCCUCUCAUGAAAAAUUUGCAUACUAGAAAAACAAGCAAUGGAAGUAAUUCUGAUUGGCUGAUUCGGCAAAUGUCAAUCAAUCAAAAAAGUGGGCGGCGGACGUUUCGUAGAAGGUUUGCAUCAGGCUCUCUUUUCGUUUCGCCUUGCCCGCCGGAAUGUAAUUUUCAAAGCGAAACGAAAAUAGAGCCUGAUCUCAGGUUAUUGUUUCUUGUGCACUGGAUAAUUUUUGUGAAAAUCUUUGUCUCUACAACACUGAAUUUAAAUUCAAUCUAAUUUGAUCUUGUGGAACUUGUUGUGGUGACUAAAUUCUGUUGAAGAGACAAGUAUGUUUUAUUUUCACAAAAAUUCUCCAGUAUGCACAAAGUAAUUUUUGAUGUAACAUGUUGCCACAUUACAUGUUUCUGGAUUUUGUUCUGACCUCAAGGGCAUUUGAGUGCAUGUGCAUUUGGCACAUUUAAUAUGCACUGGAUUAUUGACAAUUUACGUGCUCAACAAAAUUAGUGUUUAUGCUUUCAUUCAUUUUGUUAUUCAGUACACUGUAGAAUUACAUGUACAUACUGUAGAUCACAGGAUGAAUUUCAUGAAGAUGUAUUAUCUAGCAAUGUAUCUAACUUUAUUGUCUCCAUUAGACUCUGACAAUCAUUGUCUUGUAGACUUGUUUGAUUAGAAGACCCUGUGUAUUGAUGAACUUGUAACAAUUAAAUCUGUUUAUGCAAUCAUUUAAAAGCUUAAGUUAAGUCAUAUGCAAAUUCCUGAGCAAAACAUAGUGUAAAUAUAUAGCUUCUGUUGGUAAUAUUUUAACACAUAAACAAUUUAAAAUGCAACUUCUGGCAGAUGGUACACAUAAACAUAAGAUUCAAAAUGACAAUUUUUCAAAUGGGACCUUUGUAGCUACAUUUGUUAAAAAUCACUUGGGACAAAAAAACCUUGCUGGAGAGCAUACAUGUACAUGUUGAUGUAAGAUGCAGUGGGGCACGAAUAAAAGCAUGAUUUCAUCAUUUACUUUUACUUAAGCUUAUUUUCUUUUUCGCGACAUCCCACUGCAUUAUUUGCUUUCCACCGAGGUUUUUUUGUAUCAUGUAACUGUUAGGCUACCAAGGGCCUGUGAGUGACUACAUUUGUGUAGAUAAAAACUACUUACUUUUGUGCAGAUACAUGUACACUGUAUAGUGAAAAACAAGUUAAGGGAAACCUUGUCCUCAUUGUACAAUUUGACCGUUGACAUUUUCUUUCAACAAUCUUUCUAUUACCUAGAAUCUCAACCAGUACAAAUAAUAAAUACAGUCAAACUUCCAUGUGUUACAACCUCAUGUACAUGAUCACCUCCCAUAAGCAACCUACCAAAAACCCCAAACGUUUCCCACUCAAAGACUAACAGUUGGAACCUCUCACAACAACCACCUGCUGUUAGCGAUCAUGACCACUUUUUGCAGCGGACACUUUUAUGGUUUUCUUUUGUUUUAAACCUCUUGUAAGUGACAUCUUGUUGCAUGGUCUUACAUGAUGUUCAUGUAUUUCUGUGUUCGUUGCGUGCACUAUGCUGCUCACAGUAUACAUGGAACAUUAAGCGACAACAUGGAACUGCACAUACAGGUAUCAUAACUUAAAUUAAAUUAUCUUUUAUAUUUAAGAAGAUGACUGAGUCCAGACCUCUUCUCCGAAGAGAUCGCCCAUGGAUCGAUUCAAGAGCUUAUUUACAAAGGAAAGAACAAAUUGGUAAAAAUCAUUCAAUUUUUUCUCACAUGAUUAUCAUUUCUCUGCAGAGUGUAAUGUAUCAAGUAAGAGAAAGAGAAAGCUGCCACAUGUAAGAGCAACUGAAGAGGGGAUUCACAAGCCAAAGAGGAAGAGAAAAGAGAAAUCAGACAAGAGAUUGCACAACACUUUUGCUAUUGCUACAACUGUAUCUGAAUCAGAUUCAAAUUUAGGACAUAAUUCUUAUGGUAAUGGGAAAAACUCAAAAGGCAAGAGUUUUAAUCAAGGUACUUGUGGCGUCAGCCACAGACGGACAAGAUCAACUGUGAGAGGUCUUAACAAACUAUGUGGAAGUUCUUGCAAUAAGUUAUAUGUAAAUCUGAGGCAGAGAGAGAGCGAUAACUAUCUUGGCGAUGAAAGCAAUGCUGUUGCUGAUGACGAGAGUGGAACUGACAAAGGCAUCUUAAAUUGCAGUCAUAGAGAGCAUGUGGAUUCUGACAUAAGACAUGAAAAGGAAAGCAUGAUCUUGUCUGCAAAUAGUAGACAUAAUGAAGAGGGCGUCCAGUCUUGUGAUCACCAGUCUGAAGUUGAUAGUGAAUACAAUGAGGUAGCAGUCGAUAGGAUAAAAAGAAAACUCUCCUUUAGUGUUUCUUGUAGAAGACAUGAUGACAGUGGUGCAACCUGUCAUGGAAGGGAAAGCUCAACAGCCUCAAAUAGAGAUAAAUCCCAGAAAGUGAAAGAAACUCUUUUAACAAAACAAAGCUGUGCAGAUGAAAGUGAUGGCAAGUGUGGAGACGAAAGCAGGAAAGGAAGUAAUUUAUUAAAAUCAAACCAUCACAGCAAAGAUUCUGAUAGUGAAGAUUCUUAUAGUGAGUCUGAUUCAAGAUCUCUGUCUGACAAUGUGGAGGAAAUAGUUUUCGAUAAUGUUGAUUUGAGUGAUUAUGAGGGACCAGUGCUACGCAGUGCACAAAAGCAAACAAAAAAUAAUUUACAACACAGGUCUUCAAUGUCAGAACAUUCCUAUGGGAAUACGAACAGAAGGAUCAAUGGCAAACCCAACAUCACCUCUAAAUGUAAGUAAAAAAGUUCAAGAACUUAAAUAUUUUUUUUUUUAUGUACACAACUGAACCUCUGCCAAUAGUCAGCUUUCCAGAGCGGCUAGUAUUAAAUCAUUCCACUAGAUGCAUUAAUUUCUUUUUAAAUUGAUAACCUCUGUACAAUGUUCUCCUUUAGUGUUUGUUGCAGCGGCCACUUACAUGUACAGUGUGUACCUCUGUAUGACUGUAUAUGUUGUGGUCAUUGUAUCAAAAGUUCGAAUUUUAGUUUUGUUUUGUUUUGUUUUUUUUUUACCAUGCUUUGCCAUACAAUAUUCCCAAAAUCAAAGGAAAGUCAAUUUAACUGGGGGUAAACUUCACUCAUUUACAUGUACAUGUACAUGUACACAAAUUGCAUUUUGAGGAAGGGACCAACAUCUGCAAAAUCCAUACAUGUGCUGUGAAAGUAAAUGUAUUUUAAAUGUUUACAACUCGUUGUAAUAAAACUUAUUCACCUCUUUCGGGUGCUUAAUUUGAGGGUGUUGAAACUCUCUCAGCUGGCAAAGUGCUUAUAAAACUUAGGGAAAUACUCAAAGAAAACUACACUGUUCAGAACAUUUGUCGUAAACGUAACAUAAAUAAUUAUGCCUUAGUGACCGGGCAUGAGGUCAAGGUGGCUUGAUAUUUGCCAAGUUGCGUUUUAAUGGACCGAGACGAGACAUCUACAUGUGCAAAUGCCGUAAAAGGAGGUCAAUAUCCAGUCAUCUUGAGUGAACUAGCCUGUUUGAUGAAGAAUCUAUGACUAAGAGAACUUUUUACUUGCGGGAGCAAAGCGGGAAUUCCCGAGAGGGCGAAGUAGGUUCAUCUUGCCCACUCGGGUAGCCAAUCAGAACACUAGAUUCCCUUCAUCUUUCCCGCUCGCGAACCAGGUAUGUAAUAGCGUUAACUCUUACCAGCAUACAGAGUACACCGUUGUUUGCAAAGACAGCCGUCUCUCCCACGGACGGUCGAGGCGAAACGUCCCUAGCGGCGAGGAGCGAGGAAAGACGCUGUCUUCGUCGGCUAGUUCAGUUGAGAGGGUUGUCUUUUUAGAUCAUUCUUUGUUCUAUUAUACUGCAGGUAGAAAAGAGAAAUCCAUCAAUAAGCAACUUAGUCAAGACAAUCGAAGACUUCCACUGGGAAUAGGGAAAAACGUUCAGAUUCGAGUUAGUCCUCUAUCGAGCCCAAACAAACCCAGACGUUUACAAGCAAAAGAACAGAUGACGCGGAUCAAAAAGAGCAGUGGACGGACUCUUGAUAAACCAAGAGAAAAGGGUCAAACGAACCAGAUCGAAAGGACUACUGAAUUGAAUCAGGGAAAUCCUGAACGGUCACAGACUGGAGAAAAAACAUAUCAGACAGAUACUGUUCAGGAGUCAGAAAAUGCGUUUAUAAGAAUUUUUUUGGGCGACAUGCGAGAACUGCAAUGUGAGGGUAAGCGUGAUGAUGACUCUACAAAAAAAAGUCCGGGACAGCGAGGACACUCAAACACUGGUGCUAUAGUUCUAUCGUCUUUAAGGUCGCCAGAACGUCGCAGUCAAAGAAGAAAAGAAGAAAUACAUAAAUCUACAUCAAAGGUGGCAGAUUGGCUUAGUACACACGAUAUCUCAACUGGUAUCAACUCAAAUGCAACGGAAACAUGUCAGACUGAACCUGGUUGCGAAGGUGAGAAUGGUUGUUGCUAUUUAGCUGGAAUUUGUCCUCAAAAGAAAAUGCUGGCGUUGGAACACCGUGUCCAGAAGAACCCUUCCAAGCAACUAUUAAGUACAAUGUACAAUUUGUUGAUCGGCUUUAGGUUCAUUCCUUUAUCUCCCCAUUCCUCCUUCCAGCAAUGUUGCGCCAAUAAAAGGACGUUAUUUCCACCCAUUUUAUUUAAAAAUUCAACAUUGUUUGUGGUGGAAAGUGGCCCGUUUUACUAUUAAUUAUCACUAGAAGGUCCCGACACCUUUGCUCUAAUGACAUUUUUUAUCGUCUUUGGAUUCAUUCCUUCAUUCUCCUAUUCCCCAGCCAUGUUGCGCCCAGAAAAUGACUGUAUUUCCACCGAUUCCGUUCAAAAUUUUAGCAUUCUUAUGGGUUGGAGGUGGGGGAGCUCGCUUGUUUUACUUCCCAGCGCUUUUGACCUUCAUUGUAUUCCACUUCAUGUGACAUCCAACUGAUGUCAACCAAUAUGUCCAAAAAUGAACUUUGAAAAAUUGUUAGGCUAACCUUUUUCAAAAUCACCAUCGCAAUCCGUUUCAAUCUUCACCAAGUUUGUCCAUUGUGCCUUCUUUUGAACACAGUUUUUGCUCUGUUAUUUAUUCCUACUAUUAACGUUGUAAGCGGUUGUUUGAAUUUCGAUAGAUCUCGUGACAGCUUCAUGUACUUCAAUAUUCGUUGUUUCUUGUUGGUAUUACAGCUCCUUCAGAACGUGUCAUCAGUACCAGAGCAACUGCUAGAGACCGAAGUAAAGAGGCUUCAAAGAGGGUAGCAAGAAGCGACGAUAACUGUGAUACUUACUGCAAUGAAGGUAAUGAGCGAGGAAGCGCUGACAGUGUUAGCAGUGACAGAAGAAUGAUCAACGGAACAAGUUUAUCUGAAGGAUCGCCACUUCAACGCCGAUCACAAGAGAAAGCAGACAAAGGCGUGAACGAGAGUUCGAUGACUCAGUCCACACUGCGACAGAAUAACGCAAAUCGUUUGACAAGUGGAAGGCCUCCAGUGUCUUCUGCCGGACCGAGGUUUGCUGGCAUGACUAAGCAAUGCCUGGUCAAGGUACAAAAACUCCCAGUUCGUAAACAGAACGGAGAGCUAAAAGUCAUACCAUUACAAGGGAUUCUUUUCAAUGAACACAGUGCCUCUUGUUUCGAUGAAGAAGGCGAUGAAACGUUCAGCAAAACCAACAAUCCGGGCCCUUUAAAAAUAAGUGCCGAAUUAAAAAAAGCAAAAACCAUGGAGGUAGAGAGUGAUCGUUCAGAAAUUCAGGGGAAAGAUGAAGGAGGGGCGACAGACGAAAACCAGACCAUUGAUAAUCCACCGACUACUCGAUCUCCUGCAACACAAACUAAAACCCCUUCUCCUAAACCAGUUAGACCUACAGCAGACUUACGUCCACAGAUGCCGUCUUCGCAAGAUGGCCCCAGUGACAGACUUGCGGUUCAUAGUUUGGUUGACCGGGAAGGAACUGAGGAUUUAAAAAGCAAAAGGAGUGGGGUUCCAUUGUCAAAAUCAAAGCGUGAUUGUUACAGUCUCUUAGAAAACGAUGAAGAAAAUUUGAGCUCUUCGAAAAACGAUGCAACAGAUAGUGAUGCAAAGUGGGUCGCACCUAAACGGGAGAAGGGGAGUGUGAAAGCAAUAUCAAAAAAAAGGAAACGAAUACUUCAAAUGGAAAAUGUGGACAGUGGGUCCGUAAAUCAAGGUAAGGCUCUGCACGGAGGCACAUCUAUAACCAAAGAGCGUCAGUCGCUGAAAAAUUCGCGCUGCGAAAUCGGAGACAAUGCAGAGCCGCCAGCAAUCCUGAACAAUAUUCCGAUUCACGUGGAUCGAUUGCGUCAUGACGAAAGAGAGAUUGAUGAGGGUAGAGGGGCCACGAAUGAGGGGUUAAACCCUAGAUGGGGGCAACAAUCAAGGGAAGUUCAGCUGCCGUCUUCUAAACAAGAAGCUGCUCAGUUGCUGGAAAACCAAAGUGAUUCCUUUAUGAAUGGCGAUGGUAAUAACACAGACGUGCAAGAAAGGCCAGGUACAGAAAAGAACCGCUGUGAAUUGGAGGAAGACCGAAAUGUCGGAGAUAGUGGGUCAGACUCCACCGUCUGCGAAAGUGGUGUGUUCUCCGCAGAUGGGAAACGUCACAGAGUAGAGAAAGGUGUCUCCAAAGACAAAGAGACGAUGAAUAUUGCAGGAAAAAGGCAAAAAUGUUCUCUAAAAAAUCAGGAAAAUUCGGAAGUGGUGAAAGAUAAUAUAACUGAUGGACGUAAACAAGGGCAACAAAGUAAAUCUGCUCAAAGUGCGAGUCACGGUUCUGGGAAAAAUGACAUUUCCACGGAGGAUGAUUUGUGUAAUAGAAAUAGCGGGAAAGGGCCAGUGGUGUCGGCGGAUCGAUUAGUGAGUAGAAGAAAAGAAUCAAAACAUUUGGAACAGUUGCAGGAUAUUGACUCUGUCUUAGACAUUCAAGAACGAGAAUCUGAAUCCGUUGAAACGUUCACUGAAGACCUUGACAAAAAGAGUGAACCGACGCAAGAUCAUCUUAAUAAUAACGUGAGCAUUGGGCAAAGUACCACUGACUCGGUUGAUCGAGUUGUCAGUGGAAACAAAGGGUCAAAACAAUCCAGUAGGAGAAAAGAACGACAAGUUAAGGAAUCUCCUGUAACUAAAAACCAGAAAGAGACCGAAUCUACUGACCCAGUGGAUAGUAUCUCAAGCGUUGACGAUAUUAUUGAUCGCAGGAAUACUGGGCAAAACACCGUAGAUUCCGUGGGUCUACCGGGCAGUCGAAACGGAGAACUAGGACAUUCUAAUGUUACGGAACAGGUGCAAGAUGUUGACUCUAAUGUAUCUAAGCAAGAGCAACAAUAUGAUUCUAAGGCAACUUCCAGAGAAUACCUAGGGAAAGGUGACAGACGGACGAUAAAUAGUUUGCACAACAGCAAUAAGAAACGGUUGCAAGACAAUGUCGCCGUUGUAUCUGAAGAAGGUGAAAUAUCUAGUUCUGAGGCAACAGUUAUGGCAAGCUCCAGUCAAAAAGGCAAAAUAGCGAGAACUAAUUUCCACCUUAACAAUAAGGAACGGUUGGAAGACAGUGACUCCGUUGUAUCUCAACAAGAGGAAAUAUCUGAUUCUGAGGCAACUGCCACGACAAAGUCCGGGAAAAACGACGAUACAGGGAAAAAUAAUUCGCACUCUAGUAAUACGGAGCAGUUACAAGGUGUUGUCUCUGAUGUACUUGAAAAAGAGCAAAUUUCGGAUGCUGAGGCAACUGCUCGUGCGAGCUCCAGGAAAAAUGGCAAAACACCAAUAAGCAGUUUGCACUCCAGCAAUACGGAACGGCUGCAACACGUUGACUCCGUCUUAUCUGAACAAGAGCAAAUUUCGGAUCUUGAAGAAAAUGCUGUUGGAAGAUCGAGGAGAAAAUUGCGGUCCAGCAGUACGGAGCAGUUGCAAGGUGACACUGUUCUAUCGAUACACGAGGAAGAUUCGGAUUCUAAGGCAACUGCAGGUGUAAGCUCCAGAAAAAAUGACAAAACGAGGAAGAAUAUUUUGCAAUCCAACAGUUCGAAACGGUUGCAAACGAGAAAUAGUUUGCACUCCGGCAAAACGGAGCAGUUGCAAGAUGUUGGUUGUGUUGUAUCUGAACAAGAAGAAAUUUUGAAUUCUAACGCAACUGCCAAUGCAAGCUCCAGGAAAAAUGACAAAACAUGGAAAACUAUUUUGCAGUCCAGCAUUCCCGAUCAGUUCCAAAACGUUGGCCCUGUUGUAUCUGUAGAAGGGCAAGUAUCUGAUUCUGAGGAAAGUGCUAUUGCAUAUGCUAAGAAAAAUGGUCAAAUGAAGAAUAGGAAAAGUAACAAAAGAGACAUGGAAUCCUUACAUAGACUGAAAAGACAAAGAGAAACAACAAAGCACUCUAACAAUACGGAAAUGUUGGAAGGGAUUGAUUCUGCUGUUUUCGUCGAGGAGAAAGAACCUGAUUCCGAGGAAAAUGCCAGUAGUGGUUCCAAGAAAAAUGACAAGACGCAAAAUAGUAAUGAAAAAAGACACACGGAGUCCUUGCAUGGACUUGAAAGACGAAUAGAAACAACAAAACACUCCAACAAUACAAAAGUGUUGCAAUGUAUUGACUCCGCUGUAUUUGUCAAAGAGAAGGAAUUUGAUUCUGAGGCAACUGCCAGUAGUGGUUCCAAACCUAAUGACAAAGCAACGAGAAAUAGUAAUAUUAAAAGACACACGGAGCCCUUGCGUGAACUGGAAAGACCAAAAGAAAUAACAAAACAUUCUGACAAUACUGAACAAUUGCACGGUAUUAUAUUAGAACAAGGACAAGAAACUGAUUCGAAUGAAAUUUCGAGUGGAAGUGACGGGGAGGACGACGAAACAAUAAAAGAUAAUAUCUCCGGUAAAGGUAGCAGCACUAAGAGGGCCAUGAACUCCUUUGAUGGACAAAGAACUGGUAGAGGAAAAUCAAAACGGCAUACGGAACAGUUGGCAGAUGUUAACUCUGGUGAGCGAGUACCUACAAAACAGCAAAAAACGGACGUUUCUGCCAUGGUCAGCGCAAGCCGCGGGGAGAGUAGCAGAUCAAACAGAGAUCAUACGCAUAAUUACAGAGACAGUAGUAAAACCGCAGUGGAAUCUGUAGAUCGAUCGAGCUGUGAAAAUGAAAAAUCCAAACAAUUCAACCUUAGUUCCUUUAAAAAAGACAGAGCUUCAGAAAAAGACAGAGAGGUUUUGAUGGAGAGAAGCAAUGCUUAUGUUGGUAAAUCUUGUGUUAAUAACAAAGAUGGGUCGAUAUGUCAGAAGCAGGACGUGUCGUCUUCAAAACGAAAGGAUUCCAGAAGCUCUUUUGAUGACGAUAUAGAGACAGAAAGUGAAACAGACAAGGAGAAGGAAGGUACUUUUUAAAAUUAAUUAAGCAGCCAGGGCCCUGUUCGAAAGAUGGAUAGCGCUAUCCAUUUGAUAAAUCUCUAUCCAGUGGAUGGCGCAAUUGAUUUCCCUAGUACUUAUCCGCUGGAUAGUGAUUCGUCCAGUAAAUAGCGCUGUCCACAACCAGGGCCUGGCUAAUAUUAUGUAGCAGAAUUAAGUUUGCAAGACAUUAAAUGGCCUAAUUGUCACGACGAUUUUGCUGUUUUGGGUCAAGUCUGUUCUCACGUCAUUACGUAGUUCCUUUACCCAUACAAACAUGCUCCUGUAGAAUUAUCAAAAAGAUAUCACACAAAUUUAAUCAGAGAGCACUAACCGUAAUAAGUUUUUUGGUGACUUUUCCAGGUAUAGUAACAGUAUUAAAACUCGGAAAAGUUGGCCCAACUUUUUCAAGUGUCAGUCCAUGUCUAUCCGUGCCAUCCGUAGCGAUAGACCACAGGGAACAGUUUCAGUUCCUAAAUAUGGUCUUAAAUAACUCAACUGUACCAUUAUUUUUGGAAAUCAAUUGAUGCGAAGACGCGUUUUAGUUUAAAAAAGAAAACAAAGAGCGUGGUAUAUCCCGUUUAACAAGAAAUUGACAGGAUUUAACAGAGCAGAGUAGCAGCUUACAGACGGUUGUUUUGCCGUGACUAUUAGUGACCUUUAGAUUCGAGGAUGAAGAUGAGAUUCAACUUUAAGUUUUUUCGUAUAUUCUCAAAAAACCGACACGCCGGAAAGAUUCAUUGCAGUAUUUUCACCAAAAACGUUAGCACGGUUAUUUUUAUUAAAGGAGGUUAAGCCCUCUCCAAAGCGCAAAAUGAUAAAACAUGUAACUUGCUUCCGCCACUACGACAUUCUCACUAAAACCCGUAGUUGAAUGACGACAGCGAUCACGUUGUCCCGCCAAAAUGACGAUGGUUAACGCGCGUGCACUACUUAGUAUUGAGAAAAUCUCGUCUCGUAUUAGAAUCUAAACGUCCCUAGUAUCGGUUAGAAAUAGCUGGUGACGUGACCUGACACUUUUGAAGGUUUGUUUGGACACACCCACAAAAUCACACAUCACCUGUGUCUCUAUAAUGCCCUCCCAGCUGCCAAGCAUACAUGUCGAUGCGUCGCAAAGGCAAACAAUAUAAUGCCUGCAUAACCAACCACGGAAAAAUUUGCGCAAAACAACGACAAAGUAGAAAGCAUACGGGAUUUAUUAGACUUUUGGUGCCCCUCCCCCCCCCCCCCUAAAAAAAAAAAAAAAAAUAAAGAAUAAAGAAAAGAAAACAGUGGUAUCGUCAUUGCCCCUUUGUUUACUUUUCAGUUCAUUAUGUUUUCGGCUGGUCAUUGUCGUACGUUCAGGGUCGAUUCUCGCGAACGUGAUUGAUCAAUCCAAAGGACCAAAAAAACUAAAACAUGCAGCUAAAACUGGUUUUAAGUAGCUGUCCAGUAAACCAGUGAAAUUUAGAAGCCGUGGAAUACUAACUCGACAGUGACUAGUUAUGAAAUGACGUUUCUCAGUCACUCCGCUAAGUUUUUGUAGAUAAUAAAAAUUCAAUUUUCCCCACUUGUAGCAUAUAUGUUUCUUAUUUAUAGGAGACGAUAGCGAAGCAUGGAAGUUGCCGCUGCAAUUAUCACCUUUUAAGGAAGGCAAACACAUCGUGUGGAUGAGAGAAAGAACUGAACAAAAAGCCGACGAUGUGACUGGUCAUGCGAAGGCAAUAAAGCGUCAUUGUAUGAAGGCUGACAAAUCUGCGGUCCAAUCAGAAGAUAGUAGCCAAUCGGAAAGCGAAAACACUGCUGUUGGACGAAGCCAGACUUUUGUUAAGAAAAAUGAAAGUAAGGCAAAUGUAAGCGCUUUAAACGGGGAGACAGGUCUGGAGAAAGGACAAAGCACUAUCACAGAGAAGGAUGUAUCGGAUUCUGAAGGUGAUCUUGAAAACAGAGUCGAAGGGAAUGGAAAGAUCAUAGAACAGGGGUGUGAUAAAGGAAGUGACAUGGAAGUAAAUGGAAUUAGAGAAACUGAUGGUAAAACUAUUGUUGCCAAACAGGAACCUAAAAAAACUCACGCACCAAAGAGAAAAGCGGCGAAUGAAGACAACUCUCAAUUUCUAAAAAAUUCAGGAAACUAUACAUGCAGUGAAGAGGGAGGGAAAAAGCGCAAGAAAAGUAAAAGUAAAGAUUGUUUGAAUGAAACAGAACAAAAGGAAAGUCAUAAAAACUCAAGUGAUGAAGAAAUCGCGGACGAUGGAGUGGCAGAAAGGAAUGAAGACAACUCUCAAUUUCUAGAAAAUUCAGGAAACCACACGUGCAAUGAAAAGGGAGCGAAAAAGAGUAGGAAAAGGAAAAAUAGAGAUUUUUUUACUGAAGCAAAGGAAAAGGAAAGUGAUAAGGACUCAACUGACAUAGAAAUCGCGGACAAUGGCGUGGAAGAAAAGAAUGAAGACAACUCUCAAUUUCCAGAAAAUUCAAGAAACCAUGUGUGCAAUGAAGAGGGAGCCAAAAAGAGCAGGAAAAGUAAAAGUAAAGAUCUUUUGAGUGAAGCAAAGCAAAAGAAAAGUGAUAGGGACUCAAGUGACCGAAAAAUCGCAGACGAUCGCGUAAACGAAAAGAAGGAUAAACAAAGUCAGGUGGUAGAAAGACCGGAAUUUUACAGAACGGAAAAUGACAAAAAGAGGAAAAAGAAAAAAAAGAUUAGGAAGUAUGAUUGGCCUUCACCUCAGAAAGAAAGUGGCCUCAGAGGUGUGCCAGAGGAAAAGUGGAAGAUGGAGGAAUCGGUUGACUUUGGGACAAUCAAAGAGAUAGAGAAGGGGACGAAAGAAAGAUCGAGCAAACCAGGUAAUUCAACUACUGUAAAUAAGUUUUCUUUUCUUUUCUUAAUUACCAGUAUUAUGUAAUAAUUAACAUUGUGACUGAAAAGCCCUGUUGAAGAGAGUCUCAAUGAAGUAUGUAUGUAUGUAAGUAUGUAUGUAUGUAAGAUUCCUUUCUUUUAACCCAUUCGCUUCUGGAGAUUUUGCCGAAAAACGCGUUUUGAAGCUAGUCGAGUGGUUUUCUGGUCACUGUCGUGCUAUGAAGGGCUAAAACGUACCACAAACCGGUUUACCGGUCGUACACUUGGCGGCCUUCUGAUCCAGAUGCAAAACAUCAGCUUGCGAAGUUCGGGCAUGCGCAGAAAGCAAAAUUUCGAGAUUUUCAGGUCAAUGUCACGUGGUUUUUUGCUUCUUUCUCCGGUGUCCUUGACUGAAUUGUGCUCAUUCUGGUAUGGUUUGAAAGAUCUCUUCACUCUACACAAGUUAGCGAAGAAAGUUGUCCUUGACCGUUAAAACUGAUGACGUCACAAAGGCUAGAAAGGACCUGGAUCCGCACGGGCGGUUCAGGGGCGAAUGGGUUAACGCAUGCAAUUAAACAACUUCAUGCAAGCGUUGAUUUGCCAGUAUUCAGGAAUGCGCCCUAACAAUUGUAGGAUUGCAGGUACAAAUCAAGGCUAAACACUGCAAAACAGCCUCACUCUAGACUUUCGUUUUACCCCUCGCGCGCGCGUUCCUAAAAAUGCAGGCGUUUUUGCAGUCUAAAGGGAAACAGGGAGCGUUCUCUCUGCAGCUUGGUAGUGGUCUACUCAUAAAAUAGCUGUAGUCGGAAAUAUAAGGAUAUUAUUUCAAUGACGUUGAAGCCGUUAGUUAUAUUAAACAGUACUAAAACAACAAACGAAAUGGCAUAUAGCAACUUGAUUAACACGUGCGACUUUUGAUUAAACGGUGAACAGUAAACCUAAACAUGUUUUUUUUAAGCUCCCGUAAGCGGACACCCGAAAUGAAAUCUCAUUCUCCUCUGAAUCUUGUGAUUUAAUUAAUCAACUUGCAAUCACUGUUCGUCACAAUGAAUUUAUAGCUGUUUCAGUGUUUGUUUGUUUUUUUUUUCCACACACACAUACGGUUACACUUGAAGAGACCAUUUGAAUUUUAUGCUUGUGACCAGCCAAACACUAACAUUUGUACUCCCAGUAUUGAUUUGUAGCUGUGCAAGCUCCCAUAACUGACCAUCUAACCCUUACACUUCUAGUGGCUGCUUACGACAGCUUCUACUGUAUAUUAACAUCCGCACUACAUGACCUUAAACCGACUCUCUCCUUGCAGCACAGCUACUGUUCUUUAGUGUUUGCAUUAAAAGCAUAGAACUUUAAUACGUGUUUAGCUAUUGUGACGUAACAUUGAGUCGAUCAAUUUUGGCACACAGAAGAGAAAAAAGAGAAGAAGAAAAAAAAGAAAAAGAAAGAAAAGAGACAGAGUGAGUCAUCUACCUCACUCAACGACAGUGGUUACAGAACUUUAACCGAGGUCAAGGAUGAAAUGAAAGAAUCAGAUGAGUUUAAGAAAAACAAAGCAAAGGAGAAAUCAACUGAUCCAGGUAAGAGUUCUUUUUUACUCCCGACCCUAUUUAUUAGGGUCCUACAGAGGGUUACUUCGCAAGAUUCUGUAGAAAAAAUAAAAGCUGUGUAUCAACGCCUCUAUAGUUAUCUGGAGGAAUUAAAAAUACUUUACCCACUUCAAUUUGGUUUCAGGGAUAAAUUUUCGACAGCUCUUGCACUUAUUUCUAUCACUGAAUGUAUUCGUCAGUCCAUUGUUAAUGAUGAAUUUGGCAAUGGCGUAUUUAUAGAUUUGAAAAAAGUUUUUGAUACUGUUAACCAUACAAUUCUACGAACUAAGCUUCACCAUUAUGGAAUGAGAGGUAUUGUAUGUGAUUGGUUUAAGUCUUAUUUAUCCCAAAGAGAGCAGUUUGUAUGUGUUAAUGGUCAUAACUCGAUUUCCUUACUUGUGACUUGUGGUGUUCCACAAGGAUCCAUUCUAAGACCACUUUUAUUCUUGUUAUAAUGAAUGGCCUACUUUCGUCGCACUCGUUUGCUGAAACGUGUACCAAGUGGCCAUGCUCCCUUUAACUCCCCUUUUCAAAGGCCUAAAACAAAGACUCCGGGUCCUGGGCAUGGCUGUGGUAUCCUGUGUCUGACUAAAUCAGGUAAUUGUUUAUUUGCCGAUUUGGCUUGUAGUUCGCUAUAUUUCCAGAGGUUUUGGCUAAGAAGCGAUUUAUACUCGGCCAUUUAAAACUUUUGCAAAUAAAUUCACCCAUCUGGCGUAAAAUUGUGACCACUAGCGCGAAGUUGUGUUAACACAAAUAUUCUUGUCCAAAAUUACAAGUACAUACAUUUGGUGGUAACUUCAGCAAUGGAGGGGCAUAACGAAACCACCCUAUAGAAAAUCAGUUUAGACUGAUAUUUGGCAUGAGCCGUGGGGAGAGGGUGUGACGGAGGAAAACUAGAAAGACGUUAAGCUGGACAGUGCUGGUAAACUAAACAGUAAUAAUGAGCCUGCCUACUUGCAUCUGUUUGGAGACAUCUUCGUAAAAUGAUGCCAUUCCCUGCUUUACCCAACUUGAAUAACUGACUGACUGGAUGUGUUUCAAUUAGCUAAGAAAACGGCUCGAUAUAAAAUUAAAACGGAUUUUAUUGUGGGGUUUUUGAAAACUUUUUAGCCUAACAGUUUUCAAAGUUCAUUUUUGUUGUUUUUAAAGUUCGAUACAAUGCUUGGGAAGAAUAUUUGUUGGACAGUGUUAAACUUUUUUCGACAGUGAAAGUUGCAUCAUUAUUUUUCUUUGCAAUUUUUGUGACUUGUAAAUAUGGUUUGCUUAUUAUUUUGAAGACGUUCCGACCGAGGUUUGGAAGCCAAGCUCUGAACACACGCAACAGAAACCAGUAAAGAAAAAGAAAGCCAAAUUACUGUCUCUGUUGGAUCUGGCACAAGACGGUGAGUGUUUUUUCUGUCAAUAGAGUAGAAAUUGUGGACAUAAAAAUAUUAGUUUAGUAACUUCUUCGAUGUGUGCUGGCAUUUCAUUUUUAUUUUUAUUUUUCAUUUUGCUGCACUACUAAUAUCCGGCAUGAUAACAAGUUAAACUAUUACGAGGUGCUAUGCUUACUUGAACUUCGACUUUCUAUAAGAUGAUGUACAUCAUUUCACUCUGUGUCAAAUGAUAAUACACUCUUGAAAUUAACUAAGCCACAUUCGAUUUUGUUUUUGGCAAAAAAAGGAUUUUUAACUGUCCGCGGAGAAAAAAAAAUACUCAACCCUGACUGACAUCCUCAUCUAAAUUUUUUUCAUGCAAUUUACUCCUGGCUUUUGUUUCGUUAACUGUUGUCAUUACAAGAUUGUGCUGUCGUUUAAUUCUUUCGCAAGUCCUUAAAAGGACUACGACUUUUUGCUUUUUUUUUCCAGGAAGCAUCUGGCCUAGUCUAAACGCUGUGUUAGUUCGAAUCCACAUCGAACCAAAAGUAAAGAAAGCAAGCACUUGCUUUUUUUAACACGGUUUUAGCCAGACUUCACUUGUACGAGAAUCAUGCCCAUAAUGCGGCUAGUACUUUCUGUAUGAUCACGCGCUGAUUUAACUUUGUUUUUAUUAUCCUUGUUCAUAUUCAGCGGAACAAAAAAGCAGCAGCACGGCAGAGAAUACUAAAACCCUUUCAGCUUCUAGGAAACAUGACCAUAAUCUAAAGCGACAUUUUCGGCAAACACCCAAAGGAUUCAUCCACACCGUGAAGAACAGAAAACUCUCUGCUUCAACAUCGACGAUACAUGUCAGGCGUAAACCGCGGACAAACCCUAAAGAAAACCUACAGUUCAAAGGAAUGCCUGCUAAAGAGAAGGACAUGACAGCUAGGCAACUCAGCUUUGAGGAACUUCUUAAUGAUGAUUCCUUCUGGAACACUUGAUCUGCCAAGCCCGUGAUUUUGUAAUCGCGUGAUGCCGAAUUAGUCUCAGCUUUCUUGAACAUCAUUCUUACCAAACAGGUCAUUUAAUUCGCGCGUGUUUCGUAUCGGCAGUGAACGAUUUUUCAAUUGCCACGAGAGUAUGAAGGCGAAAGCCGCAGCAAGCGAGCGACUAAGGGAAGCGAGGGAGUGAGAGGAGCGAACAGCGAAGCUACCGCUCCCUCCUGGGAUUUAACAUCUUUUCCGAGUAACAGGAAACGAAUCCACUCAAAACCCCCAACUCGAGAACCUGCUCGCAGGCUAUUUACUUAGCAACGCUGUGACUUGCUAUCUUAGAGGUUACUUUCUUCCUUGUUUAAGCCGGUCAGCAUCGUCUCAGCAGGCUUUGUUCCAUAUUGUUCCAGUGUGGGGACUUACCAUGACGAGUGCAGCUCAGUGAACGAUUUUUAUGUCUUAAACGUUUAGUCCAUUCCAAGCAAAGCAUUUUCUUUGGUUUCUUGGUCCUUUUAGUUUUGACACUUUUGUAGUAUUCCUGAUCACAGGAAUACUACAAAACUUUGCUUAGUUGUCACCAAUAAUUUGUUUGACAACGCAGAUUCCUAAAGUUGAAAAUGAUAUUGAGAUUGAAAUAAAAUGCAUGAGACUUGAUUGAAGUCACUUUAGGAGUCUGUUGUCAUAUGGUCAAGUAAUACCUAAAUGAUUCUACAACAAAAUACCUAUUUCUUUCUACAAUGACGCUUAAAUAUUAUGUUGUUUGUACACAAUAUUUCACCCUUAGUAGUACUCGUACAAAAGCGACGCCCCAAAGCAAAUCAGAACAAAGGUAUUAAUAAAGCAAGUCAUGAUUUCUCAAUACUCUUUGCAAGAGCAGUUUUUUAAGUUUGAAAAUCACCUGAGCGCGUUCGUUUGGUCGUAUUUCUGAAUAACAAUAUUAAAAAUUUUUGUUACAAAUCUC